AUGUCUCAGUCAGACUUUGAAACCUACAAGCUCGGAGACUGGGAGUUGCAAAGUGGAGGGAAAAUCGAAGAUGCCCAUAUCGCUUUCAAGGCCUUCGGGGACCGCAAUCUCCCGGCGAUCGUGUAUCCGACUUGGUUCUCAGGAACCAUCGCGGACAAUGUCUGGCUCGUAGGGGAGGACAAGACUCUCAACCCCAAGGAAUACUUUAUCAUCAUCACUGCCCUGUUCGGCAAUGGACAAUCAUCAUCGCCUUCUAACCAGAGCCAGCCCAAACCGUUCCCAACAGUCACUUUCUAUGACAACGUGCGCGCCCAGCACGAACUCGUGACCAAACACUUCGGCAUCACUCACCUCCGUGCCGUGGUGGGUUGGUCGAUGGGCGCGGGCCAGACGUACCAGUGGGCGACACAGUAUCCCGAAUUCAUGGACAUCGCGGUUCCAUUCUGCGGCUCGGCAAAGACAUCACUCCACAAUCUGGUCUUUAUCGAGGGAGUCAAAGCUUCCCUCCUAGCGGUGAAGAAUGCACGCUCAGCGGGGCCGGGCAAAGACAGAGUGCAGGAAAGCGCCGAGGAGUCGCGAGCAUGGAGUGACAGAGACCGGGAAGUUGGUCUCAAGGCCAUGGGAAGAGUAUAUGCCGGAUGGGGUUUCAGUCAAGCAUUCUACCGCCACAAGCUGUACGAGACGAAGCUGGGGUAUAAAGACCUUGAAGACUUCUUGCAAGGUCAUUGGGAGACAUGGGCCUGCUCCAAGGACCCCGAAAAUCUGCUGGUGAUGAUGCGGACCUGGCAGCUAGGAGACGUAUCUCAGCAAGCGCCCUACAAUGGCGACUUUGAAAAGGCUAUGGCCUCGAUCAAAGCCAAGACGCUGGUCCUUCCGUGCCAGACUGACCUAUACUUCCCUCCCGAGGACUCGGAGUACGAGGUCGCUUGCAUGAAGCCUGGAGUCGGCACGCUGGGAAUCUUUCCUUCCAUUUGGGGACACUGGGCUGGUGGUCCAGGUGACAGCAAGGAAGAUGUUGCAUGGCUGGACAAACAGAUGGCUGAAUUCUUUGCAGCAAACCCACGCAAAGCAUCCUGA